AUGGCUUCCAACAACACAAUAUUUUUCCUCCUGCUUUCUCUCGCUCUCUUACAGGCAGUUUCCGCCGUAGAGUACACCGUCACCAACAAUGCUGUUGGCACUCCCGGUGGUGUCCGCUUUGAUAAUGAAAUCGGAGCGGAUUACAGCUUACAGACGCUGGUAGCUGCCACUGAUUUUAUAUGGAACAUUUUCCAGCAAAGCACAGCCGCUGACCGGAAGAACGUGGACAAGGUCAGUCUGUUCAUCGACGCAGACUACGACGGAGUGGCAUUCGCUAGCAACAAUGAGAUUCAUGUCGGUGCAAACUACAUCGCCAACUACGAUGGAGAUUUGAAGAGAGAGAUAACAGGGGUACUAUACCAUGAAAUGACCCACAUCUGGCAGUGGAACGGGAACCCAUCAGCACCSGGCGGGCUUAUCGAAGGGAUCGCCGAUUACGUACGGCUGAAGUCCGGCUACAUUCCGGGGCACUGGGUGGGGCCCGGCGGCGGGAGUAGGUGGGACCAAGGGUACGACGUGACGGCGAGAUUUUUGGACUAUUUGGAGGGGCUGAGGAGUGGGUUCGUGUCAGAGCUGAACCGGCGGCUCAGAAAUGGCUACUMCGCCGAUUACUUCGUGCAGUUGCUGGGUAAGACGGUGGACCAGCUCUGGGCGGAUUACAAGGCUGCCUUCGGAAAUUAGAAUUGUUUGUUGAAUUAUUUAUAAAUAUGUAAGAAGGGAUAGGGCUGAGAUCCUUUUUUACACCAAACGUGGGAUGAAAGAUCGAAUUGAGGAAUAAGAUAUUUCAGGACCUGUUUGAUUAUGUUUUUUUUCUUUAUUUGUAAUAAUAAAAAAUUAUUAUGGYUUCCAA